AUGACUCAAUCACCAAAGAACUCUCAAGAUCCUCCAUCCUCACCCAAAAACAAACCUCCAUCUGAUUCGCAACAACCACAUUCAUCUUCUGCACCGGAACAAUCUGCCUCCGGAUCAAAGAAACCUGCCUCCAGUACGGGACAAGAUGCCUCUGCAACCAAGCAAACUGCCUCCUCAUCGGCAAAACGUGUCUCCGGCGGACUGACAAAACUACUCUCUGAAACGGGAAAAGAUGCCUCUACAGCAGAAGAAGGUGCCUCUACACCGGGAAAAGAAUCUUCCACACAAGAAAAGUCACCAUCGGCACCGGAACAAAAACCACCUUCUGCUACUGAAUCAGAGCCCAUUGCCAUACCUUCAAGGAAAUGUAGUGAUCUCCAAGACACACCAAUUCAUCAUCCUAAAUCAGAUGCUCCUUUAGCCAGAACUCAUCGACUUCCAGGGUUUCUCUCAUCAGGCGAGUCUGCUGAAACAUCAGACAACUCUGAUCAAGAAGAAAAAGCACCAUCUGCUGCUAAGAAAGAAGAAACACCAUCUGCUAAGAAAGAAGAAGAACCAUCUGCUGCUAAGAAAGAAGAAGUACCAUCUGCUGCUAAGAAAGAAGAAACACCAUCUGCUAAGAAAGAAGAAGAACCAUCUGCUGCUAAGAAAGAAGAAGUACCAUCUGCUGCUAAGAAAGAAGAAGCAUCAGCUAAGAAAGAAGAAGCACGAUCCACUGAUCAGGAGGAAGAAGCGCAGAAACCGAACCAGGCUCCACCGCAGCAAGAUAGAGAGAAGACGUUCCUCAGGGGCAUCACAGUCGCCUUAGUCAUUUCCCAAAUCCUUACACUGGAAACAAUUAUCACAAAGUGUCUCAAUUAUCCUCUUUGGGAGAAAUCUGUUGAAAACCCAAAAAAUAGGCAGAAUGCACGCGGUAAUAUUACAGCACCAACAUAA